UCAGCCUUAAAUGCUGAACAAGAGGUGGCGGUACAAGAAUUUAUACGAUCUUUAAAUCGUGAUGGUAAAUCAGUCGCUCGAUCAACGGCCAUCAAGUUUUUGUUUGCUCGGAAGUUUGAUACCUCGCGGGCUGUCUCUUUAUAUGAACAACACGAAGCUACAAGAGCCAGAGAAGGUUUAGAUGGCCUGGAUCCAAGUUCUGAGCCUUUAAAAUCAGAAUUACAAACUGGAAAAUUCACAAUUUUGAAUGAACGCGAUACCAAAGGGGCGGCAAUUGCAGUAUUUACCGCUCGCUUACACCGCCCGGAAAUUUGCCUGCAUCGCACGACUCUCGCAGGUGUCGUACAUCAACUUGAUGCCGCUACGGACGAUGCCUCUACGCAAAAGUUCGGACUCGUCUUUGUAUAUGAUAUGACCGACAGCAAGUACGCCAAUUUUGAUUAUGACCUUUCACAAAAAAUGCUGAUGCUUUUAAAGGGUGGUUAUCCUGCCCGGUUGAAACGUGUGUUAAUCGUGACGGCCCCCUUGUGGUUCCGCGCUCCUUUCCGCGUCCUGCGGUUAUUUGUGCGUGAGAAAUUGCGUGACCGCGUGCACGCCGUGGCGGCUGGUCAGCUCGCGGCGCUUCACGGUCUUCCGGAGCACGUGCUUAGACGCACGGGCGAGUUGUCUGUCGCUGAAGAGGAUAGGAGACACGCCGACUGGUUGGCUGAGUGCCUCGCUAGAAGAGAUCGGCGACGCAGAGAAGAAGCUGUUGCCAUACAAUACGCUGAAGACGUGCUCCUGGCGGUUGAUAAUAAGCACGUGACGGAGAACGGGCUGGAUCCAUCAGACGAGCACCGAGUUUUGGACCAGCAGCGUGUAGCGCACGUCGAUGGCGCUGCUGCCGGAGCUUUGGUUGCGCUCGAAGAUGAUGGUCAUGUGCAGGAUGACGAGGAUAACGCUAUCUCCAGUUCAGCCAGCUCUGGAUUCUCGGACGAUGAUUCUCUUGCACCAGGAGUUUGUGUCACAGACGUCGACGCGAUGACACUGUCUCAAUUAGCGCAGUCCAUCCGCGAGCGGGGUAGGCAAGGCUUGGUACAAGAAUAUGCAGAAAUUAGGGCUAGGCCUCCUGAUGGUAGUUUCGCACAUGCAAGGUCAAAAACAAAUGUUGCCAAAAAUAGAUAUACUGAUGUUCUUUGCUAUGAUCAUUCACGAGUAGCAUUGAAUACUUCCAAUAAUAUAGAUGGAAACCACUGCACUGGAGACUAUAUUAACGCUAAUUUCGUCGACGGGUACAAACAGAGAAAUGCUUACAUAUCCACACAAGGACCUUUGCCCAAAACCGUUUGCGAUUUUUGGCGCAUGGUAUGGGAACAGCAAUGUUUGGUCAUAGUAAUGACAACUAGAGUGGCAGAAAGAGGACGCACAAAAUGUCAUCAGUAUUGGCCAACAACUUGUGGUGAAACUCAACAGCAUGGGAUCUAUGCAGUCACUGCUGAACAAAUCACUGAGGAGAAACGUGGUUAUACAGUCACAGAACUUAUGCUAAUAGAUACAAGGACAGGUGAACAAAGACCAGUAUCGCAUUGGCAAUUUACAGCUUGGCCAGAUUAUGGUGUACCAGACAGUGCUGCAGCCAUGCUAGAUUUCCUAGAAGGUGUGCGAAUGAGACAGCGUGACAUGCUGGAAAAUGUUAAAGGACUUGCUGUUGCUCCACCAAUUGUUGUGCAUUGCAGUGCUGGUAUUGGCAGAACAGGAACAUUUUGCACAUUGGAUAUAUGCUUAUCGAGACUAGAAGAUGUUGGAACUGUGGACGUUCGAGGAACAGUCGAACGGAUAAGAGCUCAACGUGCGCAUUCUAUACAAAUGCCAGACCAGUAUGUAUUUUGCCAUUUAGCGCUCAUAGAAUAUGGUCGUAGAUCUGGUUUAUUGAGCCCAGCAGAAGUUGCUGGUCUUGUCAAUGACGGCAUAGAAGAUUCUGAUUGAAUGGCAUUAAAAGUAAGAUAAAAAAUUAUGUAAUUAUCCAACAAAUGAAGAGAAUGUUUACUCCUAUUGUAUUAUAUUGAUGAUGAUGUAGAUGAUUGAUUGUCAAAGCAUGAUUCAUCACACAUGCUGACACACUUGUAGUUCCCAAUAUCCCAUAAAUCUUUUGAAAUAAGAUAUGUUACAGCAAGCGUAUGUAUUUACAAAAAUCUUCAUAUUGAUGUUGUUAUACAUAUGAUCUGAUUGUCAUUGGUAUAACGGCCGCCUAUUGGAACACAGUUUAUGUUGCAUACAUAAACAUAUAGUGUGUGUGCAUAUAAAUUAACGAUAGCGUAUGCUGUAUAGCUGGAAUCUUAUAUUUAUAAUCACUUAAAGAGGAUUCCAGUUUCCCUAAUGGGAUCGAUAUUAAGGACAUGCUAAGAUACUGCAACUAUAAAGUUGAAAUGAAUCAUGUAAAUAAUGUAAAUGAGAAGUGCACUAUAUAUAUAU